AUGGAGGAGAGAAGUGGAGAAGAUGUGACUACUGCUGUUCCAGAGACUGCAAAGGACAGCAGGACUGGAAGAAGACAUGGCAAGGAAAGACUCCAUCAUAAUCCCUCUGCUCCUUGCAGCCGCAGCUAUUAUUGCUGUCAACACUACCACCACAGCCGCUCCUACAACUGCUAUCCCCACUACCACCACAGCCGCUCCUACAACAGCCGAACCCACUGCCACCACAGCCGCUCCUACAACUGCCGCCCCCACUACCACUACAGCCGCUCCUACAACUGCCGCCCCCACUACCACUACAGCCGCUCCUACAACUGCCGCCCCCACUACCACUACAGCCGCUCCUACAACUGCCGCCCCCACUACCACUACAGCCGCUCCUACAACUGCCGCCCCCACUACCACUACAGCCGCUCCCACAACUGCCGCCCCCACUACCACUACAGCCGCUCCCACAACUGCCGCACCCACUACCACUACAGCCGCUCCUACAACUGUCGCCCCCACUACCACUACAGCCGCUCCUACAACUGCCGCCCCCACUACCACUACAGCCGCUCCUACAACUGCUGCCCCCACUACCACUACAGCCGCUCCUACAACUGCCGCCCCCACUACCACUACAGCCGCUCCUACAACUGCCGCCCCCACUACCACUACAGCCGCUCCUACAACUGCCGCCCCCACUACCACUACAGCCGCUCCUACAACUGCCGCCCCCACUACCACUACAGCCGCUCCUACAACUGCUGCCCCCACUACCACUACAGCCGCUCCUACAACUGCCGCCCCCACUACCACUACAGCCGCUCCUACAACUGCCGCCCCAACUACCACUACAGCCGCUCCUACAACUGCCGCCCCCACUACCACUACAGCCGCUCCUACAACUGCCGCCCCCACUACCACUACAGCCGCUCCUACAACUGCCGCCCCCACUACCACUACAGCCGCUCCUACAACUGCCGCCCCCACUACCACUACAGCCGCUCCUACAACUGCCGCCCCCACUACCACUACAGCCGCUCCUACAACUGCCGCCCCCACUACCACUACAGCCGCUCCUACAACUGCCACCCCCACUACCACUACAGCCGCUCCUACAACUGCCGCCCCCACUACCACUACAGCCGCUCCUACAACUGCCGCCCCCACUACCACUACAGCCGCUCCUACAACUGCCGCCACCACUACCACUACAGCCGCUCCUACAACUGCCACCCCCACUUCCACCACAGCCGCCCCUACAACUGCUGCCCCCACUACCACUACAGCCGCUCCUACAACUGUCGCCCCCACUACCACUACAGCCGCUCCUACAACUGCCGCCCCCACCACCACUACAGCCGCUCCUACAACUGCCGCCCCCACUACCACUACAGCCGCUCCUACAACUGUCGCCCCCACUACCACUACAGCCGCUCCUACAACUGCUGCCCCCACUACCACUACAGCCGCUCCUACAACUGCCACCCCCACUUCCACCACAGCCGCCCCUACAACUGCCGCCCCCACUACCACUACAGCCGCUCCUACAACUGCCGCCCCCACUACCACUACAGCCGCUCCUACAACUGCCACCCCCACUACCACCACAGCCGCUCCUACAACUGCCACCCCCACUACCACCACAGCCGCCCCUACAACUGCCGCCCCCACUACCACAACAGCCGCUGCUUCUCGGCCUGCAGUGGUCAUGUUGGCAGUCAUUUCCCUGACAUUGGCGCAGAUGCUGACAGACUUUUAGUGGACAUCAGAGAAUUACUGACCUUUGAGAAGGCAGACUGCAGGCCCCAGAUUGCUGCUUACGCAGCAGGCCAACUCGAGGACGCAGAGACAUCGUCGAGGAAGCUGGAGGCGGAGUCAUCGUCGGCGCGGAAACAGGUGCGGGUGCUGCAGACGAAGAAGGCGGUGUCGUAA